UCUUCGGCUGCCGUAGGAGGCCGCCGGCCUAGGUGGUGCCACGUUCCCUACGGCGGUAGCUGCAGACGAAUCAGUUGGGCCUCGGGCUGGCUCCCGGCGAUCAUGGCCUUUACUCUGUACUCGCUACUGCAGGCCGCCCUGCUCUGCGUCAAUGCCAUCGCUGUGCUGCAUGAAGAGCGUUUCCUCAAGAACAUUGGCUGGGGAACAGACCAGGGAAUUGGCGGAUUCGGAGAGGAGCCAGGAAUUAAAUCUCAGCUAAUGAACCUGAUUCGAUCUGUAAGAACCGUAAUGAGAGUGCCAUUAAUAGUAAUAAACUCAGUUGCAAUUGUAUUACUUUUACUAUUUGGGUGAAGAUCAAUGGGGAAAAUGGAGACUCAGAAGAAGAGAUGCCAGCAGAAGUUCCUACUUUGGCCUUCAUUGGAAGAUACAUGUCUUAGCUGGCUGUCCUUGGACUUGACAAAAAUGUAAAGCUGAUAAAACCAGAGUCCCUAUUUAUCUUUUUCUUUUUUUUUUUUUUAAUUUUGCACUUACAGUUUCAUUACAAAAAGACGAGAUCAUCAGAGGCAGUAACUCCCCAGGAUUGGAAUACACCCGGUUGCCGACUGUUAAUAAAAGUACAUGGUGUGGUAAAGAUUGUUCAAAGGUGCAGGACUGUCGCUUCUGUGUUUUUAGAGCUUUUCCUCUCACUUCUCAGGGAUGACUUUUUUUAACUUUUGAAGUUUCUUGUGACUUAGCUAUGAUGCUCGGAGAGUGGUUCUCCUAGACAAAAUUUAAAGAAUUUAAAAAAGUAAUUACUACAUAUAAAUUGAUAAACUGGUAAUUGGGGUGAUAUUAUUGUGAACUCUUUCGUUAAAUGUUUUGUGUCUGUUGUCUUGGCUAUGAAAAAUUCAAAUUUACAGUAACUAUCGAGGACCAAUACAAUCUGACUUCAGGGAGAAUUAUAAUUUUGUAGGUCAGAUAGUUGCAUGGUGAUUGUGUUUUUGUUUUACAUUCUUUUCAUGCAUUUCUUAUUUUUACUAAUUGGCCUGAAUGAUGAGACCAGAUCAAUAUUUAUAUAUUUUCAUUGGUGGAAAAAUCUGAGUAGAAAAGUCUGUGCCAUUUUUACUACGAUGACUUAUUAUUUUGGAAUCAGCGUAAAUAUUAGCCUGCAAGAGCAAUCCUAAACAAUCACAGUUCUAAACUGUACUAUAAGAAGACUUUAUUGUGAAGCAUUUACGCCUCCCAAAAUUAUCACGUUUUCAAUUCUUGGAGUAGUAUAUUAAGGGGUGUGAUUCUUAGUUCUUGUUUCCAUCUGUCACUAGGGCAUUCAUGCUGGAUAGG